CGGAAAUAUUCCACUCGAACUGUGAAAUCAGAGCUCUCCGUAUUUUGCGGAUCACAAUGCCGAACUCGCGUAAAGAAAAAUUUUGCGAGCAAGGGAAAUGUUUACUGCUGGUGCUGGUAGUUGUAGUCGCAGCUAUUGUUGUCCCGUGUGUCCUUACUCUAACAGACAAAGACUUUCGAAUGAAAGAGAAAUCACUCCCUGAAUUGGAGUGGUGGAAAACCAGCAUUAUUUAUCAAGUUUACCCACGGUCCUUUCAAGACUCAGACGGCGACGGUACCGGAGACUUGAAAGGUGUAACCAAGCAUCUUGAUUAUCUAAAAGACUUGGGAGUAGGAGCCAUAUGGCUCAGUCCCUUUUACAAGUCGCCGAUGAGAGACUUUGGAUAUGAUGUUCAAAACCAUACCCAAGUUGACCCUUUGUUUGGGACAAUGGAGGAUUUCGACGAACUGAUGCAAGAGGCUAAGAAAAGAAACCUGCGAAUUCUGGUGGAUUUUGUUCCGAACCACACGAGUAACGAGAGUGUUUGGUUUAACUCCAGUCGCCAUAGUGUUGGGAAGUACAAGGACUUCUACAUAUGGACCGAUGGCAUAAACUGUUCUAACUGUAUAGAUACAAAUUUCAAGAAGCCUCCAAAUGAUUGGUCCAGUGCCUUUAGAGGGUCCGCAUGGACAUACGAUGACCAUCGCAAACAGUUCUAUUAUCACGCCUACUUAGACUCACAGCCGGAUCUCAACGUUCGGAAUCCAGACGUAGUAGAAGAAUUGUCGAACAUUUUGCGAUUUUGGCUGGGUAAAGGAGUGGAUGGCUUUAGAGGUGAUGCCAUCAGAAAACUUUUUGAGUCACAAGAUUUGCAGGAAAAUGAAAACGGGAUACAGAACUUGACAAGAAAUCUUCCUGAAAUAUACCCUAUCAUGCAAAAAUGGAAAAGCCUACUGGACGAGUAUGCAGGCGAUGGAAAAGAGAAAAUUCUGAUAGCAGAAUCAUAUGGGAUAUCGAACGAGAUGCGAGAUUCUUACUACAAGGUAGACACAAUCCCAUUCAACUUUGCCUUUGUUCAGAAACUCAACCGUACUUGUGGAGCACGUUGUAUUCAGAACAUUGUAGUGUCCUCUUUAGACGGACUGAAAACCAACUGGUGGCCAAACUUUGUGCUAGGGAGCCAUGAUGUUUCCAGAAUAGCUGACAGAAUGGAGACAUACUUAGUGGACGUGUUUAACAUGCUGCUACUGACACUCCCCGGGACACCGACGACAUACUACGGCGAGGAGAUCGGGAUGAGGGACACGUUCUACCAAUUCAAUGAGAGUCGAGACCCGGCUGGACUCAAUUACAAGGGGGAUUACCUUCAACACACACGGGACCCAGAGCGUUCACCGAUGCAGUGGAACUCUUCUCUAAAUGCAGGGUUUUCCUCGGGGACGCCGUGGUUACAUGUGAACCCAAACUAUCCCUUACUAAAUGUAGAGAAACAAAAAUCCACAAAUACCUCCACUCUCAGCAUUUACAAAAGACUUGCUGAAUUGAGACAACAUCCAUCUUUCACCAACAAGAAAAUCAUUUUUUCAUUCGUCAACGACAACAUCAUUUCCUAUGUCAGGGCAGAGGUCGAUCAACCAAAAUUCCUAGUUGUUAUGAACUUUGGGUCGCGUACGUCUACCGCAAACUGCAGUGGUCCGCCUGUGGUUGCUAUGAACGGAGAAGUUGUCUUAGCAACUGCAGAUUCUUUAACAGGAAGUUCAUCUUACAAACUCGGGGACACUGUUGAAUUAGAGAACAUAGGACUGAGGGCAGGAGAAGGAAUCAUUGUCAAAAUAUAACGUGUUGGUGUCUGUAGACAGGAAAAAGCAAAGAGAAACAAAUAUAUAGACAGGGGAAAUCGGAGACAACACAAACUAUCCCUGUACUGUGCGGUAGUUUUGAAUUUACGUGUACUUACACUAGAUUAGCCAUAAAGCACUCACACAAUUAAUACACCUCAUUCACGGAUACGAAAAACAGUAUAGAGUUCGAUUGUUUGAAUUGGGUCACAUUGGCCCUGUCCUCUUCUUCUGAACAUUUUUUUUGUUUAUUAAUUCCCACGAAAAAUGUUGCCCCUAUCUUAUGACCCCACCCACCCUAGCCCCACGGGGUAAUAAUUAACUGAAUCUGAAUCCACACAAUAUAUGGAUGCAGUCAUGACUAAUCGGUUCAUGAGAAGAAGAGUUUAAAGACUUCUUACCAUGUAUUUUCAUGUAAAACAUUUAUCCUCUAAAUUGUGGUCAUACUCUUACCCCAGGGAACCACAAAUUGAACAAACUUGAGUCUGCAGUUCCUGAUCAUACAUAGCCCUCUUACUCUUUUAAAAAAGAUUUUUAACAGUUUUUCCUUGUAUACUUUGAUCCCCUAUUGUGGCCCCGCUCCGGUGUAGCCUAGUGACCAUGAUUUGAACAGUCUUGAAUCUGUACUAUCUGAAGACACUUGCAUAUCAAUACGACAUAUCAGGACCCUAUUGGUUUUUUUCUAUAAUUUCACCUUUAUAUCUAUAAUUACUAUAUUUACUACAUGUGGCGAACAAGAAUUACUAUAUUGAUAAUGUUACCAUGCAUCUACAAAAUACUGAAUUCUCUGUACGUGAAAAAUUAAUAUUUUGCAGUAAAAUUAGAAAGAACUCUGAAUUACAAGAUUAUUUGAAGUUCCUAAUUGCAUGCAAAAGUUGUACGCUCAAAAUUAACAAAGCUAAGAAUAUCUACCCACCCUUUAGAAAUUGAAACUGGUAGGUAUUCAAAACCAUGUAUUCCAAAAGAAUAUCGUUUUUGUCAGUUUUGUAAUACUGUUGAAGAUGAGUUACAUUUUUCAUAUAACUGCUUCAUGUAUAAAGAUAUAAGAAAGAAAUAUUACCUGUUGAACAUCUCGUAUGUACACAAUUCAGAUGAUAAUAUAUCAAAGGAAAACCAUUGUAAAGUACUAUGCAAACCUGUUGAUGUAGUUCAUGCUAGAAGGUUGUGUGAAUUUUUACAUGAAUGUUUUGAAUUGCGCAACAAAAGUAAAGUGCUAUAAUCAUAUUUAAUAUCAACAUCUUAUAUACAACACUAACUUGCAUACAUACAGUUUGAUGUCACAGAUACAUGUCAAAUUGCCCAACUAUCUAUUUUGUAAUGCUUAUGGGAUUCAUGAGAUUGAUCACUGUUCGUUAUCUUCACCUUUCAUGUAUAUAUAUACUCGAAUUUGGAUAUACAUGUAUGUAUAUGAACUGUUAAUAUUUAGUUUAUCAUCAUCAUACAUCUCAUAUUGUGUAAAAUGAUCGUAUGUCAACAUGCUUGGUGAAUCAAUAAAUUGAAUUAUAUCCUCA